AUGUCUGACGAAGUGGACAGAGCAAGUGAACACACCCACUGGAGAUGCGUGCGCUGUGCCAAUGUUAAAACGCCAAAUGUCAACAAGCUGGCCGACGAAGCAUGUGUUUAUUGCAAAACCGACCGUCAGCCUGGAGCAGCUGCUCUGGAUAAGGACUUGAAUAUCAUUGGGCAAUUGGACAAGACAGAUGAAAAAGUCUGGGCGUGGAAUCCAAAGAGGCUACGUUGA